UGCGCACGCGCCACCCGGAGAGCGCGCUGUCCGAGUGCGCGUGCGCGGCGGAGGUGCGCCGCGGCCCCGCCCCGCCCGGCGCUGUCCGAGGUGCUGCCGCGGUCCGAGAACCGACGCGGGAGGGGCGGGGUCACGGGUGCUCUACCCCGUCCGCACACCCCCGGCCUGGGGCGUCCUCGGAGUCCUCGGCUUCGGCCAGCGCUCGCGACGGCAGACCCGGGCGGCCGGGAGGGAGGUGCGGGGGCUCCAGUGCGCGAGCGCGAGCGGCGCCCGCCCCUCCCCCGCCCGGCGCUGCUCGGUGGGCCGGGGUUCGGCGGGGGAGCCGCGCCGCAGGAGCGUCAGGAGGCGCAUCCCAUCGGGGCCAGACUGUAGGGAGGCUGCUGAGAAGGCUGCAACUUCGUGGCCUGCGGCCGGUCCCGCAAGAGAUGGCCCCAGGGGCGCCCGCACUGCUGCUGCUGUCGCUGCUGUCACUGCCAGGUCUCCCGCCUCGCGCUACCGGCUGCCCUGCGGCCUGCCGCUGCUACAGCGCCACGGUGGAGUGCGGCGCCCUGCGGCUGCGCCUGGUCCCACCCGGAAUCCCGCCCGGGACGCAGACGCUGUUCCUGCAGGACAACAGCAUCGCGCGCCUGGAGCCGGGCACCCUGGCGCCCCUCGCCUCCCUGCGUCGUCUCUACCUGCACAACAACAGCCUGCGCGCCCUGGAGCCAGGCGCCUUCCGUGCGCAGUCGCGCCUGCUGGAGCUGGCUCUCACCGGCAACCGGCUGCGCGGCUUGCGCGUUGGCGCUUUCGCCGGCCUGGCCCAGCUGCGCGUGCUCUACCUAGCUGGCAACCAGCUGGUACAGCUGCUGGAUUUCACCUUCCUACACUUGCAGCGACUGCAGGAGCUGCACCUGCAGGAAAACAGCAUCGAGCUGCUGGAGGACCAGGCCCUGGCCGGGCUCUCCUCGCUGGCACUGCUAGACCUCAGCAGGAACCAGCUGGGCACCAUCAGCCAGGAGGCCCUACAGCCCCUGGCCAGCCUGCAGGUCCUGCGCCUCACAGAGAACCCAUGGCGCUGUGACUGUGCCUUGCACUGGCUGGGAACCUGGAUCAAGGAAGGGGGCCAGCGCCUGCUCAGCUCCAGGGACAAGAAAAUCACGUGUGCAGAGCCCCCCCGCCUGGCACUUCAGAGUCUCCUGGAAGUAUCUGGCAGUAGCCUCAUCUGCAUCCCACCCUCUGUGCACGUGGAGCCGCUGGAGGUGACAGCCAACCUGGGUGAGGACCUGCGGGUUGCCUGCCAGGCUUCCGGCUACCCGCAGCCCCUGGUGACCUGGAGAAAGGUGGCGCAGCCUCGUGAGGGGCCGCCGCAGGCCCAGGCCCAACCUGAAGGCGGGGUGCCGGGCCCAGGUGGGCCCGGGGCAUCCGACACGGGCAGCGGCAUGCUCUUCCUCACCAACAUCACCCUGGCCCACGCCGGCAAGUACGAGUGCGAGGCCUCCAACGCCGGCGGCGCCGCCCGCUUGCCCUUCCAGCUUCUGGUCAACCUGUCCCAGCAGCUGCUGCUGGCGCCUGCGCCGCCGCGGGCCGGCGGCCCAGUCAGCCACGAGCCCCUGCCCGAGGCGGGCGGCAUGGCCUUUCGCGCCCUGGGCCUGGCCACGCAGACGGCCAUCGCGACGGCCAUCGCGCUCCUGGCGCUCACGGCGCUGCUGCUGGCGACCAUGAUCUGCCGCAGGCGGCGCAGGCGCAAAAAGGCACCAGGGCCUCCCGGGGAGGGCGCGCUCUUCGUCAACGACUAUUCGGACGGGCCCUGCACCUUCGCGCAGCUCGAGGAGCUCCGCGACGAGCGGGGCCACGAGAUGUUCGUCAUCGACCGCUCUAAGCCGCUCUUCGCCGAGGGCCCGGCGGAAGCGGCCGAGGGCGCAGCGCCCGGAAUCGCGCAGGGCCUCCCGCUGCAGCCGCCUGCCGCCUACGAGAUCCGUUGCUGAGGGGGGGCGGGGGGCGGACGCGCGCUGAUGACACGGGCCACGCGGAUUGGCCGACCCGGCUCGCCCCGCGCAUGCUCCAGCGUGAUCAGUAAAGCGUGGAAGCUGC